AUGGAUGUUGAAGCCGAAAAGGAGCCCCAAGCAACAGAAAGAGCAGGCCAGGCGGACUGGCUUAUGAAGAAAGCCAGACUGGCCCUGGCAGUGGCUGUAAUAAAGAACAAGCCCCCGGGUCAGAGUGGCAGGGAGCACGCCGAGGCUUUGGCCGGCCAGCUGAGGAGCCUGGAUGAAGGCUGGAGGAGCAGAGCCCAGGGGCUGCAGCAGGAGGUGCUGAGGCUGCGACAGGAGCUGCUCCUCGCCAAGAUGACGCCCAGCACCAGGAGCACCAGGGAAGCAGCAGGUGAUGAUGACAACAUGAACAACUUCUCACAGGACCUGAUUGGUAAAGUGAGGGAGCCAUCCAGUUUAGACCUGGACUCGGGCUGCAGCACAGAGACUCUGCUUCCCACUCCAGAUGCUGAUGCCAGUGCACCCAGAAUACGACAGCCAGUUUGUCCAGCUGAUACCUCUGGCCCUCCACCGCCGUUUUCCUCCACUGAGAACCUUGGUCCUGAGGGAAAAGCCAUGCUUCUCCAUAUGCAGUUUCUUCAGAGCCUGUGUGGCCUCCGCUGGGCAGAAGGAAAGGAUGGCGGCCUGGAGGCGGCAUGGCUCAGCUCUGAUGAGCAUGCAGGCUCAGUGCUGGUGGAUUCUGUGUGCCAGCUGCUCGACUCAGUGGUGGCAGCAUGUAGGGAUGCCCCGCCGCUGCCCCCCAGUGCCCUCCUCCUGCAGGCCUGCCAGGUUGCAGCCCGGGCCUCUGACCUCUGUUGUUCACAGAAUCAACCAUCUGCCAAGUUGAAGACACAUGUGGAAGAAUCGCUGAGGGAACUAACUGGGAUGUUGCUACACUGCGAUCAGCUGAACAAGGUCCAGAACAUCCAGCCUCCUGGCUUUUUCCGGUUCUGCUUGCGGUGCUUCCGUGUCCUGUUCGAGCCCAGCAUCAGGGUCAAGGUUGAAGAGAAGCUGACGGAGUGCCUGAUCAUCCUGGGAACCAGCGGCUUGUCGAAGUCCUUUCUCAUCCGUCAAGUCCUCUCUCAGAUCAGCGGCCUGGCUGACCAGCUCUGGAAGGCCUGCCAGGAGGGGAGCACAGGGCCUCAGAAGUUUGCUGUGAACCAGUAUGAGAACUCGUUCCACUUGUUCUGGAUCCUGGAGCAGCUCCUACAGAAGUCAGAGGUACCGGGCAGGCGGCAGAUGGGGUCAGGGGUCAUGAAACAUUGCCGUUUUCCAGAGCAGGAAGCAUUCCUGGGUCAGCUUGAACACCAUAUCCUGCACUUGUCCAACGAGUUCCCCCUGUUCGCCCUCUACAUGUGGAGGAUAGGGGGUCUGCUCUCCACUUCUGCCACUGCCUAG